GAUGUCGUACCUGGAAGCAGUGAUCCUAAGGAAUGCCCUUUGCCUAUCCCUGCUGAUCCUUUCGGUGCCCCUGGUUCGAGAAGUGUCUGCUGAAGCACUCUCCUGUAAAGGACGUUGCUUUGAAACCUUUGAAAGAGGAAGACCGUGCGACUGCGAUGCAGACUGUGAAAGAUACGGCAAAUGCUGUCCAGACUAUGCAGGUCAUUGCAAAGAGGCAGAGGCAACAGAGCCACCACCCAAGACUUCUCCUUCAGGAAACAAAUCAACAUCUAAGCGAUCAUCCAAAAAUGAGGAAGAGCCAAAGAACGUAACACAACCCCCUGAAGUUAUGGAAGAGACAACCCCUGCAGCCAACAAGGCAGCAACGAGCACGACUGAUACGCCAACCACCCCCAAAAAUGAAAAGACUACUCCUGCGGCCACUGAGGCUGAAACAACCACAACAGACCCUCCCACCACCCCUGAAAAGGAAGAGACAACCCCUGCAGCCACUGAGGCAGCCACGACGAAGGCAGACUCUCCCACAGCCCCCAAAAAUGAAGAGACUACCCCUGUAGCAACAGAGACAGAUGCUCCAACCACCCCUGAAAAUGAAGGGACUACUCUCAUGGCCACCGAGGAAGCAACAACUGAGGGAGAACCUCCAACUACACUUGAAAACGAAGAAACUACUGGGGCAACAGAGGAAGUAACAACAGAGGAAGACUCUCCUACUGCCCCUGAAAACGAAGAGACAACCCCUGUAGUCACUGAGGCAGCAAUGACAGAGGCAUAUGCUCCCACCACCCCUAAAAAUGAAGGGACUACUCCUGUGGCAACCGAGGCUGCCACGACCACGACCGAGCCUCCCACCACCCCUGAAAAAGAAGAGACAACUGCUGCAGUCACUGAGGCAGCCACAACGAAGGCAGAUGCUCCCACCACCCCUAAAAAUGAAGGGACUACUCCUGUGGCAACCGAGGCUGCCACGACCACGACCGAGCCUCCCACCACCCCUGAAAAAGAAGAGACAACUGCUGCAGUCACUGAGGCAGCCACAACGAAGGCAGAUGCUCCCACCACCCCUAAAAAUGAAGGGACUACUCCUGUGGCAACCGAGGCUGCCACGACCACGACCGAGCCUCCCACCACCCCUGAAAAAGAAGAGACAACUGCUGCAGUCACUGAGGCAGCCACAACGAAGGCAGAUGCUCCCACCACCCCUAAAAAUGAAGGGACUACUCCUGUGGCAACCGAGGCUGCCACGACCACGACCGAGCCUCCCACCACCCCUGAAAAAGAAGAGACAACUGCUGCAGUCACUGAGGCAGCCACAACGAAGGCAGAUGCUCCCACCACCCCUAAAAAUGAAGGGACUACUCCUGUGGCAACCGAGGCUGCCACGACCACGACCGAGCCUCCCACCACCCCUGAAAAAGAAGAGACAACUGCUGCAGUCACUGAGGCAGCCACAACGAAGGCAGAUGCUCCCACCACCCCUAAAAAUGAAGGGACUACUCCUGUGGCAACCGAGGCUGCCACGACCACGACCGAGCCUCCCACCACCCCUGAAAAAGAAGAGACAACUGCUGCAGUCACUGAGGCAGCCACAACGAAGGCAGAUGCUCCCACCACCCCUAAAAAUGAAGGGACUACUCCUGUGGCAACCGAGGCUGCCACGACCACGACCGAGCCUCCCACCACCCCUGAAAAAGAAGAGACAACUGCUGCAGUCACUGAGGCAGCCACAACGAAGGCAGAUGCUCCCACCACCCCUAAAAAUGAAGGGACUACUCCUGUGGCAACCGAGGCUGCCACGACCACGACCGAGCCUCCCACCACCCCUGAAAAAGAAGAGACAACUGCUGCAGUCACUGAGGCAGCCACAACGAAGGCAGAUGCUCCCACCACCCCUAAAAAUGAAGGGACUACUCCUGUGGCAACCGAGGCUGCCACGACCACGACCGAGCCUCCCACCACCCCUGAAAAAGAAGAGACAACUGCUGCAGUCACUGAGGCAGCCACAACGAAGGCAGAUGCUCCCACCACCCCUAAAAAUGAAGGGACUACUCCUGUGGCAACCGAGGCUGCCACGACCACGACCGAGCCUCCCACCACCCCUGAAAAAGAAGAGACAACUGCUGCAGUCACUGAGGCAGCCACAACGAAGGCAGAUGCUCCCACCACCCCUAAAAAUGAAGGGACUACUCCUGUGGCAACCGAGGCUGCCACGACCACGACCGAGCCUCCCACCACCCCUGAAAAAGAAGAGACAACUGCUGCAGUCACUGAGGCAGCCACAACGAAGGCAGAUGCUCCCACCACCCCUAAAAAUGAAGGGACUACUCCUGUGGCAACCGAGGCUGCCACGACCACGACCGAGCCUCCCACCACCCCUAAAAACAAAGAGACAACCCCUGCAGCUACGACCAGGCCUCUCACCACCCCUAAAAAAGAAAGGACUACUCCUGCAGCCACAACCAAGCCUCCUACCACCCCUAUAAAUGAAGAGACAACCCCUGCAGUCACUGAGGCAGCCACAACGAAGGCAGAUGCUCCCACCACCCCUAAAAAUGAAAGGAUAACCCCUGUGGCCACCGAGGCAGCUACAAAAACUACAACUCUUGCACCAAAAGUAGCAACCACCACAUCUGAAGACGACAGGACUACAGCAGGACAAAAGAAAACGUCAACAACAGCUAGAGCUACUGUAUCUGAAGAGGCCCUAAUUUUUGAUAAGGCAGACAGAACCACCACCGCAGAUGAAAGCAUAAUGACCACCACAACUACAGCAGGUAAAGACAGCACCACAACAGCCAAACAGACAAUAACAACAGUUAAGCUAGACACAACUGCUACAGACAAAGAGAUUGUAACAGGAACAGAUGAAAAAGACAGAACAACAGCUAAAACAAUUAGGACUCCGGUAACCAAAGAGGCAACAAGUAAAAAGGAAACAACAACAGCUAAGAAAGACAAAGCGACAGACUCUAUGGUGAUGACAGCUAAACCGGAUGAAUCUCCUGAAGGUAAAGUUGAAACUCCAGAUACAACUCCUGCAGCCACAGGAGCGGUAACAGCAGCGGCUAAAAUAGAAGCAACUACGGUGGACAAAAAGAUUGUAACAACAGCUAAGGGAAAAGAAACAGCCCCAGCUAGACAAGAUAAAACCCCCAGGCCAAAAGAGACUUUAACAUCAACAGCUAAAAAAGAAAUACAUCUGGUGGACGCAGUGACUGUAACAACAACAGUGGCUACAAAGCAUACAACUCCCAUGCCUAAACCCAUAGCAUUGACCACAACUGCCCAAACAGGUUCAACUCCCCAAGGCACGCGGAUUGUGACAACAACCAAAAGAGCUGCAGCCAAAGGAACCACAGCCGUCACUCCGCUUGAAGAGACAACCAUUGCCAGUAAAGAAACAACAACUCUUACCAAAGGUACAACCCCAGGCAAGAAGGAAGAAGCUGCUGGUACCAGCAGGGAGACAGCGACAGCUAACAAAAAAGAGCCAACCACCGAAAAAACUACCACCACAACUGAAAAAAACCCAGAAGAUGCAGGAGAUAUGAGGGUCACAGCGAAAGAAACGUUGAUCAUUUCUAAAGGGACAGCCCAGCCAGCUGUAAUUUCCCGGGAGAUUACGGAUGCAAGAGAUGAGCCUCUGACGUCUCGCCCUGAAACUCAGCCAGCCAAAGAAGAGCCUCAAAGAAACAUUAAGCCCUUAAUCCAAACUGGGGACUUCCCAGCUUUGACCGGAGAAACGCAAGCGCAUAUCCAAGAGGAGAAGAACCUGUGCAACGGGAAGCCGGCGGACGGCAUGGUCGCUCUGCAAAACGGCACCUUGGCUGUUUUCCGAGGUAAGCGGCCUCCCGGCCACCUGGGCCCCUUCCCCCCGGCGGUGCCCAGCUCACCCGGCCGAGUCGACGGCUGGGGCAUCCCGUCCCCCAUCGACACCGUCUUCUCCAGGUGCAACUGCGACGGCAAAACCUUCUUCAUCAAGGGUUCCCUCUACUGGCGGUUCACCAACGGCGUCAUGGAUAAAGGCUACCCCAAACCUCUCGCCCGAGGAUUCGCCGGCCUCGGCGGCAAAAUAGUAGCAGCCCUCCCCGUGGCGAGAUACAACAACAGACCGGAGUCGGUGUAUUUUAUCAAAAAAGGUGGCAAAAUACAACAAUACGUGUACAAACAAGAACCAGCCAAGAAGUGCAAAAAUAGAGCCCAAGUUACCAUAAAAUACCCAGCUUUUGUCCCAAGACUUGUAAUAAGGAGACGCUUUCAACGUGCAUUAAGAUUGCAGACUUUUCAGACUGUCAGAAUCAAUCCAUAUCCAUCCGAAGUUUUACGUAAGGAAGUUAAAAUCACUGCCUACUGGAGAGGACUCCCGAAAAUAAUUCAUUCAACCAUAUCAGUACCAAACUACAAUAAACCAGAUGGCUAUGAUUAUUAUGCCUUCUCCAGCAAUCAGUACUACAGUUUGGAUGUGGGCAGCAAAAUAGCAAGGUCUGUUACUUAUCUCACUGGAAAGACGGUAUCCAAGGACUGGUACAACUGUCCGAAGUGAUGCACACCACAGGUUUUUUUUUUUA